GUCGGAUUCACUGGCACUCACAAGUGUAGCUGAACGCCUCGACUGUUUGAUCUGAAUGCAGGGCUUGCCCAUCGUCAAGCAGCAAAUAACUCGAUCCGAUGGACCCUGUCCGCACGUCCCCCCUUCCUUCCGAGUGUAUGUCUCCUCGACCCCCUCAACCACCACACAACCGCAUAUCUCACGAGGACGAGAGCGCAGGCCAGAGUGGCGAGCAAUCCCAGCCGCAACCAGUGCCAGCACAACAUGGCACGCCACACCACAGUUUCAGCGUGGACCCGGCCUUCCCACGCCUGACCGAGACAGCCGUCGAAUCAUCGCCGUCCGCUGACAGGCGGUCGGACGAAGGCGAGCAGAAGAUGACGUACGCGCAACUCAUCUACAUCGCACUUCACAGCACAGAAAAAAAGGCGAUGAGGCUAGGCGAACUCUACCACUGGUUUGAGCAAAACACCAGGAGAGCCAACAGGGGAGGCGAAGGAUGGAAAAACAGCGUUCGUUCGAACCUGAGCGUAAACAAGGUACGCUAGCGAGUUGCGCCAGCGUUGUGACGGUCUAGUUUUUCCUGCUAAGUCGUAAUCUGUGUUGCACAGGCCUUCCAACGAGUGGAACGGAAAGGCUCCCUCUGGCAGCUCGCGGAGGCAGGGUUGACGGA